AUGUUUACCCCCACCAAGGCCAUGCAAAUGGUGUACAAAGGGAUCUCCCUCGAGACGCUCGGCUUAGAGGCAGGACCCGAGUUCAUGAAGACAGUCAACAUUGCGAGCGGGAGCAUUGAAAAGAAGUAUCCUCGAGUUGCUUAUGCGCAGAUCCAGGGCACAAUGCCGCAUACAUCGAGCAGAGACGAGUCUGAUGAACAGAAAGUCGUCACUGUCGGAUACCACACCAGUUCUGGCACAAGACUCCUCUCAAUUCAUGCCCGUAAUAACAGAACCUGGAAAGAGUUCUUCUCCCGACAUGGAAAAACGGAAGCCGCAAUCUCGGCAAGCUUGCAGAAGUCAUCGGACGCGGAGGCAUCCAAUGCAGAGGAGCCGAACAAAUGA